AGGUCCUCUCGCGAAAGUAAAAUCUAAAAUCUUUCAUCCUCUGCCCUUCCUCGUUUUCCCCCAAACCCCGAACCCUAGCUAGGGCUCCCUCGCCCUAAUUUCUCCGGCGAUCUCAAGGCAGCGCCACCGCCGUCGUGGGUUUCACCUCCCAGGGCAUUGUGCUUCAUCAUCACAAUGGGAAAGAUUUUGGCUAUUUUCCAGAUGGGUGGACAAUUUACCACGGACAGUGAUGGAUCUAUGUCUUAUAGUGGCGGAGAUGCCCAUGCAUUUGAUAUUAAGAGCGAUAUGACCUUUGAUAGUUUAUUAUCAGAGAUAUCCGAGUUGUUUCACUGCGAUGCGAGUAUGUAUACAUUCAAAUACUUCCUUCCAGGCAACCGCCGAACUCUCAUCACAAUAUCCAGUGACAAAGAUUUGAGUCGCAUGGUGGACUUCCAUUCAGAUUCUUUGACGACGGAUGUUUAUCUUUUAAAAAGGACUGAUGUUCCAACGUCAACUACAACCCCAACCCCAAGCCCGACUCACAGGAGGAGAACAAGGAGUAUGCUAGCUGAUUCAGUCCCUAUUGAUGUCAUCCCCAUCAAUGAAUACAGUGAAGGGAGUGCCAAGCGUAUAUGCGACAGUUGGGACAACAGUAUCACAGGUGUGGGGCAAGCAUUUGCUAGCCCUAGAGCUUUUCGUGACGCACUCAAAAAAUACGCCAUUGCCAAAAAUUUCAUGUACAAAUUCAUCAAGAAUGAGGGUCCUCGCAUCUCAGUUCGUUGUGCGGAGGAUGAAUGCCCCUGGCGUAUAUACGCAUCGAAGAAUUCAAAUAAGCACGAGCUUACGAUCAAGAAAUUUAACGACACUCACACGUGCGAAAGAGAGGGCAACAGAGAACAUAAUAAGUUAGCGACACAGGGUUGGAUCGCUAGCCUUAUAAAAGACAAGUUACGCGAAACUCCGGAUUAUAGCCCGAGGGACAUAGCAAAAGAUUUCAAGAAAGAGUAUGGACUUAACUUGAGUUACUAUCAAGCUUGGAGAGGGAAAUCUCUUGCAAAGAAAGAGCUUCAUGGUUCGCACGAAGAGGCAUCGGAUCAGUUACCAUGGUUUUGUGAGAAGUUGGUGGAGACGAACCCUGGAAGUUUUGCUGUGUUUGAAGAGGUAGAGGAUUCAAAAUUAGGUCGGCUUUUUAUUUCCUUCCGAGCUUCGAUUAAUGGUUUUGAGCAUGGUUGCCGCCCUCUCCUUUUUCUCGAUAGCGUCUCUCUUAAAUCAGCAAGACAAUGGAAGAUAUUGGCUGCUACAGGAGUUGAUGGUGAGAAUGAAGUUUUCCCAGUUGCAUUUGCUGUUAUAGAAGAUGAUAGUAAAGAGAAUUGGCAGUGGUUUAUGCUACAAUUGAAAUCAGUUCUGGGAACAUCUCGAACUAUAACAUUUGUAUUGAAAAGGCAGAAUGAGUUAGAGGAGAAACUAGCUGAAAUAUUCCCUGGAUGCAUAUAUGGCUAUUGUGUAAAUAGUCUCAUUGAGGAGUUCAAGUCUGAGCUAGACGAUUCAUUGACAAAAGAACUGAAGGAGACAGCGGUUGAAGAUUUUGCAAGCGCUGUCCAUGCUUGCAAGGUCGACGAGUUCAAUGCAAUCAUUGACAAAUUGAAGGCUGAAUCUGAAAAAAGUGCUGAACGGGUUUUAUCUUCUAAGCCUGAAUACUGGUCAAAUGCCUUCUUCAAAGGUUUAAGGUAUGGUAAAUACUCAUCAGAAGCCUCAGGAACAUUCAAUUCUUGGAUAUCUAUCAGAAACGAGCCAUCAAUAGUACAAGCAGUGGACAUAAUCAGGUGCAAGAUAAUGGAAAUGAUAUAUACUCGUCGCGAGAAUUCAAAUGCAUGGAUGACAAUUCUGACACCAUCGGCAAAUGAUAAAAUUCAAGAAGAGAUUAUUAAAGCUCAAACCCUAGAAGUUGUUCACUCGACUGACAAUAUUUUUGAGGUGCGCGAUGAGGGUAAAACCGACAUUGUCAAUAUUGACACGUGGGAGUGCACGUGUCGGAGGUGGCAAGUGAUAGGGUUGCCUUGUGUGCACGCUUUGGCUGUUGUUGAGAGAACUGAUCGGUGUGCUUCUGAUUUAUGUUCGAAGUAUUUUACUAUGGUCUGCUACCGCGAAACUUAUGCCAUGUCGAUAAACCCGAUAGGGGAUGCGGUUAAUGGGAUUGUUGCGGUUCCUGUUCGUCAACGUCGUGGUCCUGGUGGACAGUUCAAGAAGCUGAAGGCUACCGAGUCUGUGUUGAAGGCUAAAAGACCAGUUACAUGUAGCAAGUGUAAGGUGAAAGGACACUAUAGUCGAACUUGCAAAGCAUAGGUUUAGAUUCAGAUGACUUUGUAACUUAAUUUAUGUCGAACGUGCUUUCUAUUUUUCUGCGUUCUCUGUAAACUGAUGGGUUGCUCGACUUGUUUGCGGCGUUUAGCAGGUGUAACAUUAAUGCACUAUGCCUUGUUCCUUUCCCUUGAUGGGUUUUUGUUUUGGUGUUGCGUUUUUUGCA